GGUGCCAUCUUGGGAAAAGCAAGGACAGCUCCCGCCUCUCUGUGAUACGUUUCGCGACACCAAGCACGACGUCAUCAGAGCGCGACCUCCCCGGAAGAGACGUGGCAACCGGGCCAACAGGCGAAGCGAGUCUCCUUCCUUUCCGGCAUUAUCAUCGCCACGCCCCUCCCUUGGGAUUCGCAAGUGUCGAAAACCCCCACCCCUCGCUCCGCCGGUCCCUUGAGCAGGGUGGGGAGCCGCCGGGACAACGCUUGCUUUGGUUUUGAGCUGGCACUGUGCUUACCACCAUGGGCCUUUGUAAAUGUCCCAAGAGGAAGGUCACCAACUUGUUCUGUUUUGAGCACCGGGUGAACGUCUGUGAGAACUGUAUUGUUGCCAAUCAUGCCAAGUGUAUUGUCCAGUCAUACCUCCAGUGGCUUCAGGACAGCGAUUACAAUCCCAACUGUCGGCUGUGCAAUACCCUCCUUUCCACUAAAGAGACAGUCCGGCUGGUCUGUUAUGAUCUCUUUCAUUGGUCCUGCCUCAACGAAAUGGCAAACCAGCUGCCGAAGAAUACUGCCCCCGCUGGCUACCAGUGCCCCAGCUGCCAGGGCCCCAUCUUUCCCCCGGCCAACCUCGUCAGUCCAGUAGCAUCGGUGCUCCGAGAGAAGCUGUUGAUGGUCAACUGGGCUCGGGCUGGGCUCGGGCUGCCCCUGAUUGAUGAAAUGCAGGCGGUCCAGGAAACAGAUGCUCACGACACCACCAACUACACUGAUUGGUCCAGCUUCACCAUCCUCAGCUCUGAGGAGGCUGUGCAGCAGAGCUCUCUGUCAGCCUUCUCUUACAGCCCAAGCUCUGGCUUCCCCUCCUCCUCCUCCCAGCAGCAGCAGCAGCAGCAAAGCCUGAACAACGGUGGCGUGCAGGAGCAUCAUCCGCACACAGUCAUCAGCAUGAACGCCUUGGGCAGUGACCCUGUCGCCAUCCAUGCAGCCUCCUCGCCACGGAAAGUUUAUGACACCCGGGAAGGUGGAGGCAGCAAAGCUGUGGAUGCUCACGUGGACUUUGACGAAGACAAGUACCGCCGGCGGCCAGCACUUGGGUGGCUGGCCCAGCUGCUUAAGAAUCGCUUCAGCUCCAGAAAGCAACCACGCUCCCUGAUGCAGAGGUUCAUCAUCCUCUUCCUAAUUGGUGGGAUUGGUUUCCUCACACUUGUUGUCGUCAUGAUGAAGCUGGGCCGGGCCUCUGCUGACAAUGACCCCAACCUGGACCCCAUGUUCAACCCGCACAUCCGGGUUGGGCAGGAGUGAGAGGGGCAAGCCUCUUCCUUGCUGCAUGCCCGUCUCUGACCUGGCUCUCCUGCCGCUCCUGGACCAAGGAGAAUCCUGGGGCAGCUGGUUGGUUGCAACCAUGGAAGAAGACAAUGACCAAGGCCGCUCUGGCAAAGCUCGGACAAAGAUGCUCUGGACAAGGGGUCGCCCUCUUCCUUCUCUUUGGUAAACUUCUGCUGGAGCUGGAAACUCUUUUGCACUUUUGGUGCCCAAAGGAGCAGCCUUUUGUGCUCUCAUCCAAAUGCCAGGUGGGCAGCAGGGGAGGGCCACAGAUGGGUGGAGGCUGGCAUUUGCUUGACAGCUCACUGUGACGCUGCAGAGAAGCGCUGCUUGGUGGCCCAGAUCUUUUCCUAGCUGCCAAUCACUGAAGCCCCCCCUGCCCACUUAUUGCAGGGUCUCCAUUCACUAACAUGAAAUGACAGCAGCUGCUGAGUAAGGUGAAGGUCUCUCUCCCUCUCCCCCCCCCCCGUUGUCACCAGCCUUGCCAGCCCCUUGCAUCACUGUGGCUUUCUUCUGCAAAAGGCGUUAGGCUGGCUCUUUGCUCAGCUUUGCCAGGGCUGAAAGAUCUCCUGUUUUGUUUGUUUUCCCAGUUUUGGUGUUCAAGAUCAUAAUGGCAUGGUGGAAACCAAGCACACCUCCGUGGCUGUCUUUCCCUGGCCUGCAAAGCAGGGGGCCAGUUUGGGGUGGGGGCUGCCUCUCCCUAAUUUAACUGAGGCUUGCCUCAAUACUUGGCUGUGGGGGGCCCAAAUUCCAGGAACGGGAAAGGUCUCUCUGGAUAGCUUGAGAUCCCGGCAGGGCUGGCCCUUGUGGUUGCCCUUUCCUAGCCAAGUGCUUCACCUGAGAAACGGUUGCCUUAUGCAGGCCCAGACAGCCUGCCCAAUAUCUUUCCCAGCACAGCUGUAUUCUUAGGGAGCGAGUUUUGCUCAGCCCGUCUCUGCCACUCCAGGUUGCACUUCCCCCACGCACAUGCUCUGUAACACCCUGGCAGUGACGGCAAACGUGAGGCUUUGCUCAUCACCAGCUGCCAAUCGCCAGUUGGCCCCAAUGAAACAUUUGUGCUCUCGGUCACUUGGCCCCUUUUGUGCCAGGGUGGAAAUCCCUUUCAUAGGACUUAGAAGGCUCAGUAUUGGAAUGCAGUUCUGGACUGAAACCUCAACUAAAACCUGGCAGUGCAACUUUUUUUUCUGCUUAAGGGUAGAGUUGCUGGGAUUGUGGGGUGGGAGGUUCCAUGUUUUUUCAAGCAACCCUGAUUCAUGUAUUGGGGUACAGCCAUUGGGGUGGAGGUGGCCUUGUCUCAUCCCAAUCAGCCUCCCCCUCCGGGCUUAUAUGCUGGUCCCUCUGGAGGGCUGGUGGCAAGUGAGUUGCUCUCCAAGUGGAGGGGUGCUGGUGCCAUCAGUAGCAGUAUGGCAUGGGGUGUGGGGCAUGCACCCCCAUGAUCCCUUGCAGCAAGUGACGGUUAUUUCAGGAACGGUUAUUUGGAGGUGUCUGUAUGGCUGGUGACGAUGCCAUAGCAACAACACAGAGCAAAGUGGCCAUGUGGCUCACUCACCACCUCGAUUCUCUCUUGGUGAAAAUGCAAGAGUUUAUUACUCGGAAGCAAUAGAGUUGUUUGUUGGUGUUCCAUUAAACUCUCUUGGUUAACCCCA